GAGGUGACUGCGAACCGCAUCACUGCCCGCUUCUCUGCCCAGCAGAAGGCCUCCGGUCCAGCGACGGCCCUGGCGGGGAGCAGGACGGGAAGGAAGGGCCGGCGGGGCAGCAGCAACCCGCGGGGGAUCCGUACGGAAGGCGUUCAGAUAACGUCCCGUGGUACAUCCGUACCAUUAACGAAAAGGAAGAGUGUCUCACAACACUGGUAGCUGAGAUCGAUCGUCUUGCAAAGUACCAGGCAGAGUGUUCACAGAAGGAUGUUGUGAUUGCUAAUCUCCUGAGGGAAGUGGGAAGUCUGAAGAAACAGCUGGAGUUGCUCAAGGACAGUGCUGUCACACAGGAGCACACAGAAACAAAACAAGGGAGCUCAAGAGAAGAUGCCACUGAAGUUCUCAAUGAAGCGAACGCCCUGGGAGCCAUUCCAGAGCAGGCAGAAGCAGAGAAGCAGGCCCUGAUGGCUCAGCUCACUGCGUUGCAGAAAGCCCACGAAGAACUCUGUGCAGAACUACAAAAAGCAGAAGAUGACUACAACAUGGCCACAGGUGCCAUGUGUUCCUUGCAAAGACAACUGGAAAUCCAAGAAUCCCAGCUACGGAGAACCAAAUCUGAAAAUGAAAGGCUCCAAAAGGAGAUCAGAGGGCGAGAAAAUCAGCUACAAGCCAUGUCUGCCAAGUUUGGCAGUCUGAGAGAAGAACGGAAACAUGAAGAAAUGAUGGCAGCAAUGGAGAAGGAGAACUGCAGUCUUCGGCAGGUUAUUACAGAGCAAGAAUCCAAACUGGGUGAGCAGAUGGAGCUGAUCAGUGGUUUACAGGGUACAACGUGGCAGCUACAGGCAGAGGCUCUGACCAAUCGCUACCACAUCCAGAAGCAGCAACGUGCCCAAGAGAAGAUGCAGAGCCAAACUGAAAUGCUGCAGCACACAGAGCUACAAACCAGAGUGGCACUUGAGCGUGUCACCAGCAAGUUUGAAAGAUUUCGAAGCAAAAUAAUUCAGGCUACAUUCAGUACAGCAGGCAUCAAAGCUCCCCAGGCAGAACUCACUGACGAGGAGGUGCUGGAGGCAAUGCAGAAAAUAAUUAACGAGCGCAUAGAGUUCCAUCAGAUGCUGAAACAGAAAGGUAUCAAGGUUCCAUCUCUCACCAACAUUGACACGUUUACCUCAUCACCAAGCAUUUCAAAGGGAAGGAGGUGAGUCCUGCAGGGCAGCAUCUCCUGCAGAAAGGCCUGAGCA